AUGUCGAAAUUUAUUUUAUUUGGUCUCUUGUUCACAUUCAUAAUUAGUAUAUCGGCAGAUUCAUGUUUAUAUGGUAAUGUUCCAGGAAAAGUAUGUGGACUUUAUCCGUUGACAUAUUGUUGUCCAAUGAACGCAGAAUGUGGUUCAUAUACAAGUAGAACUUGUGAUAGAAACUCAAAUGGACCAGGAAUUAUUGGUAUAAUAUUUUUUGUUGUAAUUGGUCUAUUCAUUUUUAUAAUGGUUCUCAGAGCUUGCAUUGUAUGUUGUUCAUCAAGAAAGGGUUAUUAUUCAUUACCAUCGUCUGAUUCAACAAAUCUAGCCAGAUCAGGAGCGGUUGUUUGUACAGUAGCUGCAAGUCAUUGUUAG